GUGGACCAGAAAAAGGAGUCGCGAUCGGGUGGUGGACACCAACGCAACCACAGGACGCCCUCCUCUUCGCACAGAAGCGCAUCCAAUAUCUCAGGGAACGUCUCAUCGCCGCAAAGACCGCCCGAUUUUCCCCUCAGAAUCCUAGUGCUUAGCGAUAUGGUGGGCGCCAUAAUCGGUCGCUCGGGCGGUACCAUCAGACAGAUAACACAGCAGACGAGGGCCCGGGUGGACGUACACCGCAAAGACAAUGCCGGCGCUCUCGAGAAGGUGAUCACAAUCUACGGAAACCCGGAGAACUGUUCGGAGGCCUGUCUCAAGAUUCUGGAAGUGAUGCAAACGGAGGCCAAUAACACGAAUCGCGGAGAGAUUCCGCUCAAGAUUCUGGCCCACAAUAACCUCAUCGGCCGUAUCAUCGGAAAGAGUGGUAAUACCAUUAAAAGGAUCAUGGAGCAAACGGAUACCAAGAUUACUGUGUCCAGCAGUAUACACGACGCCAAUAGUUUCAAUUUGGAGCGCAUUAUCACAAUCAAGGGAUCGCUGGAAAACAUUUGCAGAGCCGAGUCGAUGAUCAGCCAACGACUGCGCCAGUCGUACGAGUCGGACCUCCAGGUGAUCGCCCCGCAGGCCGUCAUGUUUCCCGGACUGCACCCCAUGGCCAUGAUGUCGACGCUGGGCCCACAGCCCAACUACCCAUUAGCCGGGCCUUCGGGUCGCGGUGGGGCUGGCGGUCCCAACGCCCACCCGUUUGGCAUCUAUAAUACGUCCGCAUACGGUGUGCCUCCGUUGCUGUACUCGCCAGCCGGUGGAGGGCCCGGCUCUGGGCUCCACCCAUCGGCCGCCGCUACGCUCACUGCCGGCUUCCAAGCCAUUCAAGGGGGCGACCAGACCAAGGAGACGGUGUUCCUCUACAUACCCAACUCGGCGGUCGGCGCCAUCAUUGGCACGGGAGGCACCACUAUAAGGGAUAUGAUCAGCUCGUCCGGUGCUAACAUUAAGGUGGCUCAGCCGAGCAAAGAGGAGAGCGCCGCACUCGCAGCCUCUGGCGAGCGAACGCCUCACGAGAGAAGGGUUACAAUCGUUGGUAACCCGGAGUCCCAAUGGAAGGCCCAGUUCAUGAUAUACCGCAAAGUGUCGGUCGAGGGGUUUGUCGCCUCAUCGCCCGACGCCCUCUCACAGGAGCCGAGGCUGAAGGUGGAGAUAAUGAUACCCUCGUCACAAGUGGGCCGUAUCAUCGGGAAGGGCGGCCAAGUAGUGCGCGAUAUGCAGCGCAAUACCAGAGCCACAAUCAAACUUCCAGAGGAGAGCUCCGGCGGUGGUGGCGAUGGUCUGCCGCCCGAAGAAACCCCUGUCCACAUAAUCGGCGACUUUCUCAGUACGCAAGCGGCUCAGCGACAGAUCCGAGCGCUCGUCAGCCGAACAACAGUGCCUUCAACGGUAGGAAAGCCUACGAAAUCAUCGCGCGAUAGCGGCGGUAGUCGAGCGCAACAGCCGGCGCCCACUGCCACUACACCACAGCCGCGUACGUCGCCGACGCCGGCCGCCAACCAUCACCACCAACAGCCGUCGUCGCCGGUGGGCGAGGCGUCUGAGUCGCCGGCGCCGCCGACCGACGAAUCAAAGCCACGCGAAUCAUCCGAAUCGCCACCACUUCCUCCUGAGUCUCAAUCUCCAGAAUUACAGCAACAAUAACACCACCCGUAAGACUAAGACAAACGUAUUAGUAAACGCAUAGAAU